AAAGACCUGUGUACAUGCAUAUUGUUAUCUAUAUUGUUGUGUGGUAGUGUUUUGUGGCUUACCAGGCCCUCAAGACAAAGAUGAUUCUGCCAGGAGGAUCUCGAGAUCUGGAUCUGGGAUAUUAUUUUCUCUCACACAUGGGGAAUGAGCGCGCAUGCGCAAUACAUCCACAGGAAUAAUUAAAGGGUGUGUCCAAUUUCACAAAUGGCUAUUAGCUGUUUUAAACGAGCAUGCGCAGUAUAAAAGGGGGCUGGGCAGUCCAGAAAAUGGACGCAUAUAAUUAUAAAAAAUGGUGGAAACUUAUCGAGGGUAUAAACUUGCGGAAUGAAAGUUUUCGGGUUUGAUUUUCGGGACUUAGCUGGCAUGAUGCUAGCCUCGAGACUACGCCGAUUAAAAUAAGUAAGGUAUAUACCGCGGUAAUUUUCGGGGGACAAAAUAUUCGUGGUUCAGCAAUAUUGAGACAUUUCGUGGGUAAUAUUUUCGUGGUUGGAGCUUGCACUGCAGGUAAAGGUAGGCAAGGUCGCUUCAUUCGUGGGUAAAAUAUUCGUGGUCAGACCUCCAACCACGAAAACCACGAAUAUUUUGCCCCACAAAAAUUACGGUAUUUUAAUCGGCCUGGUCUCGAGGCUAGCAUGAUGCUAGCCUCGAUUCCAGGCCGCUGAGAAAGGCGCACUAUUCAAGGGGCUGGAGUCGAGGCUAGCAUGAUGCAUGCUGCAUCUGUUUUUUGUUUCCUUAUGUUGUUAUGCGCAUGCGUACUGUAUUUGCCAAAAAUUACCACUAUAAAAAACUUAACUCCGGAGGCAUUGUUAUUUAUAUCGGGGCACUGACAAGAGUCACAAAUACAAAAUGGCAGGAACAGCAAGCGUAAAGGCGAUGUACCUAGAGAAUCCUGACCUUGAGAUGCACGAUCUAAAGGAAAUAGUUUCAACUCGUAGGGUACUUGGAAAAGGUGCAUUUGGAAAAGUAAUAGAGCUAGAGAUGGCUGGUACAAGAUAUGCUGGGAAACAGAUCCAUGAUAUUCUCCUCGGAAUUGAUGUUCUCGGUGUUAAGAGCAUAAUCAAGAAGUUUUCUGAUGAAUGCCGCUUGAUGGCUGCAGUUAAGCAUCCAAAUAUUGUCCAGUUUAAUGGGAUUUGCUUUCUCGAUGACACUGACCAUCCUGUUCUUGUGAUGGAGUUAAUGGAUAUGAGUCUGGAUUACUUCCUUCAGGCACGACAAGGUCAUAUUCCCCUAUCAUUGAAAUAUCGAAUCUUACUGGAUAUCACUCGUGGGCUUCUUUUUUUGCACACUCGUGAUCCAGUUAUCAUUCACCGAGACCUUACAUCUCGAAACGUUCUCUUGAACAAAUCGUCACUCCAGGCAAAGAUAGCAGAUUUGGGCAAUGCGCUUAUGACCGACUCCAAACAGUUGAUGAAUACUCUGAGCAAAAUGCCUGGAACUGCCUUGUAUAUGCCACCAGAAGCCUCGGGAGCUAAGCCUGUGUAUGAUUCAUCUCUCGAUAUUUUCUCAUUUGGGCACCUGUCUCUAUAUGUAGCCAUUGAAGUUUUUCCAGAUGAAAUCCUUCCAGCCACUUACACUGAUAUAAUUACUGAGAAAGUUGAAGGCAACAGUGAAGUCAAACGUCGUGAAGUGUACCUUAGGAAACUUUACAAUCAAAAGGAUCUUGCCAGAGAGGACCAUCCUUUUUGUAAAAUGGUCACCGGCUGCCUUCACAACCUUCCUAACAAAAGACCUACUACCAAAGAAGUUUUGAAUAUCUUGGAAGACCAAGCUUGUUCUGUAGAAGAUCCUUAUUCAACACUGGAUGGAGCUUGCAAGCUUGAUCUCGUUGAGCUAGCCCAGGGUGCGGGUGAGCUAUCAAGGCAUUUACCUGGCAAUUCUCUUGCUCGAGCAAGCUCACAGUACACCACGGAAUUCACUGGGCGUGCACAUGCUUUGCGGAAUGGUGAGCCUGGAGUUCUUGAUGUCUAUCGAAAAAAAGGUGGAUUUGGGGCAUUUAAGCAGUCAAAGGAGGAAUGGAAACAAUAUGUUUUCAAGAUCCAAAAUGAACGUCUCAAGUACUACAAGUCAAACAGGCCUUCUAAAACUGUUGGGGAAAUACAUCUUCAGACAGUGACCUCCGUAUCAAAGUCUGAAAGCGAAGAUACAUCAAGAUAUUCAUUCCUUGUCACCUUUGAUUCUGUUAGUCCUCGGUCAAAGUUAAUCGGCAGCCAUCUUCCAUCUUCUCCAUUGAGGCUAUCUACUGUUACUUCUGUAGAGCGUUUCAAUUGGAUGGAAGCUAUUCAACCUGGAUGUGUUUCUACAUAUAUCACUGCUGGUCAGCAACAAGAGAUUGGCCAAGAUUCAUCUGGCGGAGUGGAUUCUUCCAGAUAUGAACAAGUUGACCUUUCUGAGUCAGUAAAAUGUAGUACUACUACGGCUGAGUGUGCUCAAACUAAAGAUGGUGAAAGAGAAACCACUUACCAACAACCUUCUAGUGACUACCUAGACCAGAACCUCGAAGAUAAUUCCAGCAUAGAGAAUUCGAACAGCAUUGAAAUUGAUGCCGCUCUCUAUGAGGACAUUCCUUUGUAUGAUAUUGAGCGCAGCACUUAUUACUUUACAACACCACAACCUGGUAGUCCACCUCUUCUGGCUCAACCAGACACUCGAGUUCCUCUUCCACCACAACAAUGCAUCAGUGUUCUUGCACCACCACCACUUCCAGCUCAACGUAGCACUCAACAUAGCACUCAAGUUCCGAUUCCUGGCUGUCACGUUUUUCCGACAUCGGUUCAGCGUAACAUUCAUUCGCCAUCUCUUUCACCUAAACCGGGCUCUAGAGUUCCUCCUCCAUUUGUACUGCCUUUUGUUACAUCACCACCAGUACUAUCUGAAGAGAAUCCCUCUUCUACUUUGGAACCAGGUCAGUUUGGUGCUGACCAAUUACAAAGUCUCGCUAACAUGUAUGACACACUUGGAAAAUUUUUGGGAAGGAGUGCAAGCACACCUGUGAAUCUAGCUUCAUCGUCAUCCUUCCGGCCACAAAACGUACCUGAUUCCAAUGAAAAUCCACCACUACUUUCUGGGUAUGAAAACAUUUACGAUGAAGUUGAACAAAGUGGUGCAACUAAAUUACUUCAGAAUACUUCAGAACAGCCAAAGCCCCCCGUUCCAAAGCCCCGUAAAUCUAAAUUGAAAGUAUCACAAACCCCUCAUCAUUUAGAAGCUGCCGCACAAGAUUCUGAACAUCCCGAACAAUACGAGGAAAUGAAAAUGUUGAUGGUGGAUUCAGAUGAUGCAGAUUCUGACGACCCUGAGUAUGAGCCUAGACCAGAAUGGGCAAAAGCAACCACAACAUUGUUGCAAGAAGAUGAGUCUCUUCAAGUAUUGCAGCAAAAACAACUGUUCAUUCCUAGGUCAAAAAUCCAAAACUUGAUAGAGAUUGGUAAAGGUCACUAUGGUAAAGUGUACAAAGCCGAGUACACAAGAGGAACUGGUCAAAAUCUGAUUGUGGCUGUGAAGACAAUCAAGAAGUACACAGAUCAAAAGGCUCAUGAUGAUUUUCUGAAAGAAAUGGGGAUCAUGUCACAAUUUGUCCACCCAAAUAUCAUCAAGCUGUAUGGUAUUGUGCAACAAGAUUCCCCUUGGAUCAUUUUAGAGUAUCUAGAAAAUGGUGACCUGAAGAGUUUUCUGAAGAAAAACCCCAACUGUCCUGUGUCAACACUGGUGAAGUACAUGCUAGAUGUAGCGACUGGAAUGGACUACAUCGCAAAGAUUGGUUUAGUACACAGGGACAUCGCUGCAAGGAACAUCAUUGUCGGAUCGAAUGAGACAUGUAAAAUUUCAGAUUUUGGCCUUCUUAGAGAAAUUCCGAAGGAUGAUUCCAUUUAUGUGUCAAAACAGCUAGGACCUGUGCCAGUUCGAUGGAUGGCUCCAGAGAGUUUGCUUCGUAGAGAAUUUUCUACAGCCACAGAUGUGUGGAGUUACGGUGUGUUGCUGUGGGAGCUAAUUCACCCAUCGGAAGUGCCGUACGCAAAGGUUGUCACUAAUCUUGAAUGUGCAGUAAGCGUGACAACAGGGUUGAGAUUAGUUGUUCCUUGUGAGUAUCCUGAUGAAGUCAAAAGAAUCAUGAGAUCAUGCUGGCAAAAAGAGGCUGCUAAGCGACCAAGUUUUUUACUUAUCUCCACUGUUCUUCAACAUCUUGUAACAUUCCAAUAGGCUUGUUAGCUGAAAAGAACCCAGCAUUACUGCAUAUAGAUCUAUACAUGUACUGUAUAGUAGAAUCUUAAUUGACUGUCAAUUAUCAUAUACCCAGGACAUUAUGCAUGACUGACUGUACAGUCUAGCUAGCUAGCUAUAUAAGUCUGUUCAUCUAAAUAUCUAAUUAUUGUGUUAAUACCAUAAAUUUGACUUUGCUAUAACAUUUGACUUUGUUAAUUGUGUGUAC